AAAAACCCACCAUGGCCAACAUCCCGUCCAACAACCAAAAAAACAACUCGCUGGAUUUAGUCAAACGCAACGAAGUCUUGAAAGCUCAAGUCUUUCUCGAGGAGAAAGCUCGUCGCGAGUGGAACCGCAAGUGGGGCUUUUUGCUCAAUUUCGACAAGAUCGUCCUCGAAGAGGCCAGAAAGCAAGGGGUGUCCGAAGCCGACUACCGCCGCUGGACCGUCAGACGCAAGAGCAAAUCCAGGACCGUCGACGAGACGUGGGACGUGAAAACGAGCGAGAGUUUCCCGAAAACGUCGUCCGGUAUGGUAGGCUGGCGCCACACCCCCGCCCACACCCUGGAGCGCCUGGGCCCCCUCUACGUCAGCCCCCUGCACACCCUGCCCCCAAAGGAGCCCGCGACAUCCAUCAUCCUCGGCUAG